AUGGAAGACCAGUUGUUUAAACUGCCACCGUUCGAGUGUGACAACGUUCCAAUAACGGAACUUAGACAAUCAUGGUUCGAUUACAAGAGACAGUUUGAGUACAUCGCGGCUGCGAUGAGCAAGAAGAGCAAGAAAAGACUCAAAAGCAUCUUCCUGGCUGUCGCUGGUCGUCAACUUCAACGUGUGUAUGAGAGCUUACCCAAUGCUAACCAUGAAACCACUGAAGACGACGGAGAUGAUUUCGAAAAUGUCAUACAACGAUUGGAUAAUUAUUUUGCUCCGAAACGCCACGACACCUUCGAGAGGCACGCAUUUUGGACGCAGAAACCAGUCACCGGCGAGACCCUUGACAAAUUUUUGCUGCGGGCCAAGGUAUUGGCCACUAAAUGUCAGUUUGGAACAACGGAACGAGAAAGCCGCGAUGCAGCCGUGAUUGACAAGAUCGUAAUGCUUGCACCACCUGAAUUGCGACGGAAAAUAUUGGAGAAGCCCAACAUCAACUUGGACGAGCUUACCAACCUCGUCAACACCCACCUUUCUAUUCAACACCAAGUCCGUGAGUUAAACCAACAUGCUUCUAGUGCUGGGAACAUGUUAGAAACCAGUCGUGGCAGUACGUUUGUGAACAAAAUAUCCAAUACUAAUGACAAAUCUCGCUGGACACAAAGCUAUCAAGUUUCCGAUUGUAGCAGAUGUGGCAACAGACCACACAAGCCAGAAGAGAACUGUCCAGCCAAGAACGUCAAGUGUCACAACUGCGAUGCCAUUGGUCAUUUCGCGAAAAAGUGUCGCGGAAGGAUUGAUAAGUCUGGUCCGAAAAAGCGCAAGUCUACAGACUACCAAGAUCAUCGCCGUUUCAAGAAGCCCAAAAUCAACGCUGUCAGCGCCAAUCAGUUGCCUGAAUCACGUGCUGUGAAACCUGAAGCUCAUCCGCAGGACUCCUUCAUAUAUGCAAUCAGCGAUAACCACGACGAGUUGGUUUGGUGUAAGGUCGGUGGCGUGCUCAUCGAAAUGAUGAUCGACUCAGGUAGCAAAUACAACAUUGUUGAUGAAUCAACGUGGCAAUAUAUCCGGAACAAAAAUGCUUUCCUGAAGAAUGGUAUUAUCGAAAAAGUUAAUGGUCCUAGUCCGUGGGUGUCACCUGUUGUAAUAGUCAUAAAAGACAACGGUGACGUGCGGCUGUGCAUCGACAUGCGUCGUGUUAACACUGCGAUCCGGAGAGAGUAUCAUAUGAUACCUACUCUUGAUGAUCUUCUUGCAAGGUUAAAUGGAUCCAUGUGGUUUUCCCGGCUUGACAUCAAAGAUGCGUAUCACCAAGUGGAAUUGCAUGAGUCAAGUCGACACAUCACGACAUUCAUUACGCACCUCGGGAUGUUCCGAUACACAAGGUUAAUGUUCGGAAUCUGCAGCGCGUCCGAACACUUUCAAAGGAUAAUCGAACAGUUAUUGAGCGACUGUCCCAACUCCUUCAACUUUCAAGAUGACAUCUUUAUUUAUGGGAAAACGGAAGCUGAACACGAUGCCGCCUUGCAGCGCGUUCUACAUACCCUGGAAGCCCACAACGUGGUACUAAAUACGAAGAAGUGCAAAUUCAAGGUAUCGGAGACGGAAUUUCUAGGGCACGAUAUCUCCCAACACGGCGUUAAACCAACGGAAGAUAAAAUAAUGGCCGUGCAGCAGUUCAGGUCACCCAGAUCUGCGGAGGAGGUACGCAGUUUUCUUGGUCUUGUUGGCUACGUAGGAAGGUUCAUCCCCGAUUUGGCUACCAAGACAUUCCAUCUUCGACAGCUGACUGUUACCGGACAGAAAUUCGACUGGUCGUCGAAGCACGAUAUUGCGUUCCAAAAUCUCAAGCAGGCAGUAUGCUCCGCUCCAGUACUAGGAUUUUUCGAUAAUAACCGACGAACUAGAGUAGUCGCAGAUGCGUCACCAGUGGGUUUAGGAGCAGUCCUACUGCAGUUUGAAGAUGAAUGCGAUGAUAAGCUGUUGGAAAUCAUAGCAAUCGUAUGA